UGGCAUUAGGGACUCAGAAUUUAUUUAUUUGCCUCUUGUACACAUCCUUUCCUUGUGUUAUAUGUCAAGAUGUUUCUUGUGACCAUUCCAUAAAGGGAUGUGUAUUUUUAACAGCAUGUUGAACUUUUUAGUUUUAAAGAGGUUUUCUCAGUUUUUCAGGUCCAAGUUGAUAAGUUUUCACUUAAACUACUGAGCAAGACAGACCGAAGAUUCUGGUUGUAAGGAUGUGUGAAAAAUCCAAGUGUCUUUGGCGUACAGUUUGUGGGCUGGCAGCAUUUCCAUCUGCCUUGAUCUAACAUGGAUUUUAAUUUUGUACAAUGAACUGAGUGUAAAUGGAGUCGUGGUGUGAAAUGCUAAGAGUCAGCACUGCUGAAAGCAGCGUAUGUUGAAGUGCAGCAUCUCUGAAUACAAAUCUGCCCUUCUGGGACACCGUGCAAAAUGAUGUAAUGGAGUGAAAAAGCUCUGCAGAAAUAGAUUUCACCUGCUGUAACUGAGUCUUUGCUGCAAUACUUCACAAGGCUGGAGUGUGGUGCUUUUCUGACUGUGCAGUGGGAAUGUAUUGUAGGAAAGGAGCUGUUGGCAAUAACAGCUGGAGAUCCCGAGGCUUUAGUUUGCUGCCCUGCACCUGUGCUGCAGCUCUGCUACAAAGAGGCAACACUAAGGAAAGCCUUUAGUGCUUGGGGGCUAGGAUUCCAAGAAGAAAAUUUUCUUGGCCUCAUCUGGGUGGUUCUUGAGGAUGGCAAGCAAAGGACCCACAACUUCGGCAUCGACAAAGAGCUCCAGUACUGGAGGGACCAGUGGCAGCAGUAGCAGCAAUGGUUCUGGGGACAACACUAAUCAGGACAACACUUUUGAAUGCAACAUCUGUUUAGACACCGCUAAGGAUGCAGUUAUCAGCUUGUGUGGGCACCUCUUCUGUUGGCCUUGUUUACACCAGUGGCUAGAGACCAGGCCAAACAGACAAGUGUGUCCUGUAUGCAAAGCAGGAAUCAGUCGAGAUAAAGUUAUUCCUCUGUAUGGAAGAGGCAGCACUGGGCAACAGGACCCCAGAGAGAAAACUCCGCCACGACCCCAAGGACAGAGACCUGAACCAGAGAACAGAGGGGGAUUCCAGGGCUUUGGGUUUGGCGAUGGUGGCUUCCAGAUGUCAUUUGGAAUUGGGGCGUUUCCCUUUGGUAUAUUUGCAACAGCCUUCAACAUAAACGACGGGCGACCUCCUCCAGGUGAAGAAGUCUGGAGAUGUCUGGGAUGUGGGGACAGCAUUGCUGCUGGGCAGCGCCUCCACAAGACUGUCAAUGAAGCUUGGCACAUUUCCUGUUUCAGGUGCUCUGAAUGCCAGGAUCCCCUCACUAACUGGUACUAUGAGAAGGAUGGGAAGCUGUACUGUCACAAAGACUACUGGGGGAAGUUUGGGGAAUCUUGCCAUGGCUGCUCUCUGCUGAUGACUGGACCUGUGAUGGUGGCUGGUGAAUACAAGUAUCACCCCGAGUGCUUUGCUUGUAUGAGCUGCAAAGUGAUCAUCGAAGAUGGAGACACUUAUGCACUGGUGCAACAUUCCACUCUCUACUGUGGAAAAUGCCAUAACCAGAUUGUGCUGACACCGAUGAUAGAAAAGCACUCCACUGAGUCUCUGCGUGAGCAGCUGCCUUAUACGCUGACCCUCAUCUCCAUGCCAGCAGCCACAGAUGGCAAGAGGGGGUUCUCUGUGUCUGUCGAAGGCGGCUGCUCCAGCUAUGCCACUGGUGUCCAGGUGAAAGAAGUUAACAGGAUGCACAUCAGCCCAGAUGUCCGAAACGCCAUCCACCCUGCAGAUCGUAUCCUGGAGAUCAAUGGAGCUCCUAUUCGCACGUUACAGGUGGAGGAGGUGGAGGAACUGAUUCGCAAGACAAGCCAGACCCUUCAGCUGCUGAUAGAGCACGACCCUGUGUCGCAGCGCUUGGACAGGCUUCGCUUGGACUCGCGUCUUCCCACGCACAUAAAGACACCCAUGUCCCCACGCUCCCUGUCUCCACUGGACAUCAAGGAGAACCUGGAAGGAACACUCCGACGACGCUCCCUCAGGCGAAGUAACAGCAUUUCUAAGUCUCCUGGCCCCAGCUCUCCAAAGGAACCGCUUCUCCUGAGCCGUGACAUCAGUCGUUCUGAAUCCCUGCGCUCCUCUUCCAGCUGCUCCCAGCAAAUAUUCCGGCCCUGUGACCUGAUUCAUGGUGAAGUUCUAGGAAAAGGAUUUUUUGGACAAGCAAUCAAGGUGACUCACAAAGCAACAGGAAAGGUGAUGGUGAUGAAGGAGCUCAUUCGUUGUGAUGAGGAAACACAGAAGACUUUCUUGACAGAGGUGAAGGUAAUGCGCAGCCUGGACCACCCCAAUGUGCUGAAGUUCAUUGGUGUGCUGUACAAGGACAAGAAGCUGAAUCUCCUCACAGAGUACAUUGAAGGGGGCACGCUGAAGGACUUCCUCCGCAAUGCAGACCCAUUCCCCUGGCAGCAGAAGGUCAGCUUUGCCAAAGGGAUUGCCUCUGGAAUGGCUUACUUGCACUCCAUGUGCAUCAUUCACAGAGACCUGAAUUCACACAAUUGCCUGAUCAAGCUGGAUAAGACAGUGGUGGUGGCUGACUUCGGUCUGUCUCGGCUGAUUGUGGAGGAGAGGAAGAAGCCCACGUUGGAGAAGCCAUCUGCCAAGAAACGGACGCUGCGCAAGAGCGACAGGAAGAAGCGCUACACGGUGGUUGGGAACCCGUACUGGAUGGCCCCAGAGAUGCUGAAUGGACAGAGCUACGAUGAGAUGGUGGACAUUUUUUCAUUUGGGAUUGUUCUCUGUGAGAUCAUAGGCCAGGUUUAUGCUGACCCAGACUGUCUCCCACGCACACUGGAUUUUGGCCUUAAUGUCAAGCUGUUCUGGGAGAAGUUUGUUCCUGCUGAUUGUCCUCCAGCCUUUUUCCCUCUGGCUGCUAUUUGCUGCAGACUGGAACCAGAGAGCAGGCCCCCUUUUUCCAAGCUGGAAGACUCCUUUGAAGCUCUCUCUCUGUACCUGGGAGAACUUGCCAUCCCCCUUCCAUCUGAGCUGGAGGAGCUGGACCACAAUGUGAGUGUGCAGUAUGGACUGAACCGUGACAAGCUACCUGAAAACACAACCUAGUCUGCUCGUCCUGCUGCCUGCAUCACUUCCAUUGGAGCUGGGAUGAGCGUCAGGGAGGGAGAUGCACUUCAGCCACUUCCAGGGCAUUAACGGGGCACCACACUGUGCAUCUGCUGCACUGCCUCUCUCUCCCCACCCAGCUUCCCUCCUCUUGGAUAUCCUGAUUCACUGUGGAUUUCUGGCAUGUUUCAGAAGCAAAAAGGACCAUCUCCUGCCAGCUGCACCUAGGAAAGCCUCUGAACACUAUAUUUCUGGCUUGAGAAAUACUUCUCUGGCCUUUUCAGGCUUCUUUACUGUGGUGCCUUAGAACUUGGCUGCAAGCUGUGAAGCCACCCUGGCCUGUCUGCCAGGGAGGGAGUUGCUAUAGGAGACUCUCCUAGGUAAGGACCAGCACUUCUGGAACAGCUUCUCCCCCUGACUGCGCUGCCCAGAAAGCUGGGGAAAUCGGACAUCCAGCAGCAUGUCCCACCACGACAGCCCAUGUAUGUAUUUGCAUGUGUUUCCCAGAACAACCCACUGAGAUUUUGGCCUCUGACAUGCAUCAGAGGAAGGAGUAAAAAGCCCCAGGAGUUGGGCAGCUCUCCUGAAAUACCUUGUCUAUGGGGAAGCACAUACGAAUUGUUGUUUUGGUUUUGUGGGCUUUUAUUCUUUCUCUGUCUCUGAAUACCUCCAAAAGCCUGCCUAGAAACACUAAGACUGAGCUCUGCUUGCCCCUCCUGAUGGCAAAUGAGGCAGGCAGCAAAUGAGCCACUGGAGCCACUGGAGACCCUGCGCCUGCAGUGAAUUUGCCUGCCCAAAACCUUAACCUGAGUGAAAGUAUUUGAACCUGAAUGUGUAGUUCUGCACUAGGCACUGAGUGUGGACAUUCCUGAGUGCUUGAGCUCUUGGCCUGUGGAUGUGAGGUGAUAGAAAUGGCGGCAGAAGGUGCUUGUCAGAAAGCCAAAGGUUUGAAGUGGCUCAGACCUUGGGCAUGGACAAUGGCAAAAGGGGACUUGCCCAAGGUUAAUUAAAGGAUGGACUUGUCAUGAAUAGAAAAGUGAUGGAGAAAUGUCCCAUCCUCCCUGGAGUGGCAGCUGGAGAACUAAUAAUUCAGUUGCCACUACCUCAUCCUUUCCUGCAGACUGUGCAAGUUGCUCCCUUUGAAGGUCCUUCUUGCAGCUGCUGCUGCAGCACCUGAGCUGAUUCUCCAAACAGAAUUUUUCCUCAGGGUCAUUCCAUGCUCUGGGGGGGAAAAAAAUGGUCUUGGAGUCAUUGGGAGGUGGGUAGAGGUAUAUUUUCUUCCAGUACUUCUCUUCUUCCUCCCUUGGUGGAGGGGGAAGGAAGAAAGCUACUGCUGCAGUAGCUCACGUGGUUGGCAGAACUGAAAAAAAAAUCUGUAUCAAGUUCUGCUCGUCACACAGACAUCACGGUUUAACUGGAUUUUUAGUGUGCUCCUUUUUCCCUCCUCCUCCCUUCAGCAUGGAGGUGGGGAAUGGGUGUUAGUCUUUGCUGAUUAUUCAGUUUCCUCCCCCUACCCAUGAGUUUAAAGUAUUAUGUAAAUCAACAUGGGACCAGCCAUCACCUGACAUCAGGUAUGCAAGGGGGGUGUUUUUAAUCUGUGUAGUGGUGUUUUAGAAACACUGGGGACUCCCUGUGCUGUGAUUCAGGCAGGAGCCUCUCUAAACUGGGUCCAGUGGAUCCAGGAUUGUUAAUAGGAUUUGCCCUUUCAUUCCCCCUCCCAGGCUGGUUUGUGAGGGGACCCCUGAAGGGAGAGUCCUGGCUGAUGUGUGGGUGGGGUUUAUGAACUGUGAUUUGCACAGCUCCACGUUCUAACUAAAUUAAAAAGCAGUAACUGUAUGCUAUUGAGAACAAGAUUUUGUGGUCUCUGUUAAAUAAAGCCGGAAGCUGUAACUUU